UCCUCCCACUUCUCAGAUGAUGCUGCCCAAAGCUGCCUGGAGCUUGGUGCUGAGGAAAGGUGGACGUGGAAGACGAGGGAUGCACAGCUCAGAAGGCACCGCCCGUGGUGGGGGGAAGACGCCCCGCUACACCAACUGCUAUGCCCAGCGCCACUACCCCAUGCCAGAAGAGCCCUUCUGCACAGAACUCAACGCUGAGCAGCAGGCCCUGAAGGAGAAAGAGAAGGGAAGCUGGACCCUGCUGACCCACGCCGAAAAGGUGGCCCUGUACCGGCUCCAGUUCAAUGAGACCUUUGCGGAGAUGAACCGUCGCUCCAAUGAGUGGAAGACAGUGAUGGGUUACGUCUUCUUCUUCUUUGGAUUCGCAGCUCUGGUGAUUUGGUGGCAGCGGGUCUACAUGUUUCCUCCAAAGCCCAUCACCUUGACGGACGAAUGGAAAGCCAAGCAGCUGCAGCGCAUGCUGGACAUGAAGGUCAAUCCUGUGCAGGGCCUGGCCUCCCGCUGGGACUAUGAGAAGAAGCAGUGGAAGAAGUGACUUGCAUCCCCAGCUGUCUCCCUGCGGCUCCACCCUGGCUGGGAGCCUCUGCUGGCACCUCCCCUCCCCUCCCCUGCCCUUAACCCCAAUAAAGCUGAUUGGUUCUCUUCUGCCUCUCACCUCCA